UAUAAAUGUUUGCCUUGCGUUCAUUGAUUUCUAAGAAUAAAUCAGCAUUUGCUCUUGCCAAGAAAUGUACCCAAAUCUCUUCGAUCCCAGCUAGAAGAUUCUGCCAAGCCCAAGUUGAAGAGGUCACAGAAGAGACUAAGCUUGAGAGCAUGACUGAAGAGGAGAGAUUAGUCUACAACUGCCAGAAGUUCGGGGCUGACCUCACCUUCAACGAGAGCAAGCAUGGGUACAUCCUGGAGUUCCCUUGGAACUUUGAAGGUAUUAUUGAAGAUUUUGAAGCCGAGUUCAAACCUCUUGGGGAAGACAAUUUCUGGCAUAAAUGGAUUUUUAAUAGAGAAUGUGAUAGAGAUUUUAAUGAGCUCUUCAGAGUUUUCCAUCAAUCCUGAGCUAUCCCUGAUUAUCAAGGUAUUGACAGGGUCUGUGAGCCAAGACUUGCCAAUGAGAUCAAGACAACUGUUGAUAAUAUCCAGUCAAGAGGUGUUGACAUUGAAAUGGCUAAUUUAAGAGUCCAUCAGCCUAAGAUCGAAAUUCUUAAGGUUGAAGUUCACCAUGGAAUUAGCGCUAAUAGAGCUGAGAACAAACCAUUAGAAGCUUAUAAUGUUGAAGAGUCCACUUUCUUUGGAGCUCCUCUCAAGGUUUAUACCAACAAAAAUGGAGAUAAUAGAUCAGUUUUUGACUUCUUCGACUUGGAAUACAAGCCAUACUUAAUUUCAGUGACCGCUUUGAUCCAUUCCCCAAUGAAAUUGUAUGUGUGGAACCAGAACAAGACUAAGGUGCUUUUUGGAAGUGAUGAUAGCGAACAAGUCAAGAACGUCGUGAAGUUUGAGACCAAUAUUAGGUGGACCGAGCUCUAUAAGCUAGCCCCUGUGCCUAACAAGCCAUUGCUCAGAACUUGGAAGAUCACUGAUUACAAUAAUGUCAUGAAUGAGAACCCUUAUUUUUAGACAAUUCUAAUAUUCAAUGAGCUUUGCAAAAUUAGG